UAUUUCCAUCUGCCAUCAACAGAUGAGUACAAACACAAUAAAUCUGAAGGUGUUACUGCCCAGGUGUUUGCUUCUGCUUUGGACACUGACUGCAUUUGCCAGUAGUCAAGAUGCAAAAACAAGUCCUGAAAUCCAAGUGACCACUGUAUCUGAUGGGAUAAAGGUGGUUUGCCCUACAGGUCACACCUUGUAUCACGGUGACGUCAAGAUUACGACUGGGAAAAUAGACUACAGAGAUGAAAACACAGGAGAGUACACUUGUAAAAUGAGUGAUGAUGACACAGGAAAAGCAAUCUUUGUGAAAUUCCGCACCUGUGAUAACUGUGUGGACUUGAACGUGGUCUUUGUGAGUAGAAUGAUUGUUGGUGACAUAGUGGUUAAAACUGUGAUAGGAGUGGCUGUUUAUCUCAUCGCAUCUCAGGCAAAUCGGACCGGCUCAGUCACAUCCAACAAGAAAAGCUUUGAUAGACAAUUUCUCGUGUCCAAUGAAGUACGCAACAGGCCCGUCAAUGAUCAAUACCAGGUGCCUGAUAUGGCGACCCCACUGCUCCUAGUACGCCGAGUGUGA